AUGGCAGGCCGCGGAAGGGGUGGCAAGACAGGCACCCUCACGGCGGAGCAAAUGGCCAUGCUGGGAUGCACAAAGGAUAUGCCGGUGCAGACGGCGCCGCCACCUACAUUUCCGCCAGUUUUGAACAGACCCACUACCCUAGAAACAACCGCCACACAGAACUAUCAGCUCCUGUGGAAGGAGGACUUUCUGAACCGAAUGCGAGAUUCCCCCUAUUACAUGAUCUCCGCCAGUCGGGACGCUAAAAACUUUGAUCACAAGGACUGGCGAGAAAAAGCCAUGGAGCGCAUGAAGCUCACAGCACAACCCGAUUUUAACUACAAAGCCAUGCCCCAGGAGCUAAACAUCUCCAGUAGAAAACGUCGUGGAGCAGAUGCAAGGCCGAAGCUGCUGGCCAAGAAGACAAACAUCGAGGACAGACUGAAGGUUCUGGAGCAGAAGGAACUGAAGUCAGGUGGCGGUGAGCAGGACGAGAACAAGCAAGAGUCCGAUUCCGAACAGGAGGAGGAAGAUCCUGAGGCGGCGAUGGAUGAUGAGAUGGACGAGGACAACGACUACGGUGCAACGUACUUCGAUAAUGGAGAAGCAUUCAAUGAUGAGGACGACAACUUGGACGAUGGUCCUGUAUACUGAGACAAAUAAAACCAUCGAACUGAA